AUGAGCCAAGCGCCUGAUGACUCACAGCACUAUUCAGCAAAAUCCUGCCAGGAGAUAAUCGAUGAUCUGACGAAGACAAUCGACUCGGCACUUUCGACGCAUGGAGAGUCCACUUACGAGCUUAGUCUCAGCCAGGCUGGAGACCGAUUCCAGAAGAGAUACGUUGCCGACUCGUGUCCGAGGGCGGCUCUGAGUGAUUUUGAAUAUGGCUCGACCCUGGGUGCGGGAUCCUUCGGAGCAGUCUAUCUAGCUCGAUACAAGGACGGAACAAUAUGUGCUCUCAAGCACCAAAAAUUGAAAUGGGCUGUGAAGGAAAGGAAGAUCACAUACGCCCUGAAGUCGCCUUUCAUCGUGGAAGCGCUUUACGCUUUCCAGAAGGAUGACAUAUACUACAUCGCUUAUGAACUCGCGUCGUGGGGGGAUCUAUCACAGCAUAGGAAGGUGAUACGCGCCUCGGGGUCCGAAGAGCUCUUGAAGCUCAUAUCCGCGCAGCUCGUCCUGGCGUUGGAGUAUAUGCAGCACUGUCAAGUCGCGCACCAAGAUCUGAAAUCUAAUAACGUCGGUCUGUUCGCCGACGGUUACGUGAAAAUAUUGGAUUUCGGUCUUGGUGAAGCACUCGCGGCACCGAAACCGGUCUUCAGAAUGCAAGGCAAGAAGAAAAGGUUUGCGCCGGAAAAAGUUAAAGCGUUAUUGGUUUCGGCUCAUUUCACGGACUGGUGGAAUCUGGGAUCGCUGAUCAACGACCUGUUGCCUUCGCCUGAACACAUUGUGCGAAUAGAGUUCGGCAAAUCUGCUCACGAAGCUGAUCUAUCCCAUCUCCGGUACCCGAAGCCUGCUGGUGAGCAUUUGACCGACCUCUUGGUUGGAUUGCAGAAAGUGAAAGUGACUGAGAGACUCGGCGCGAUGAAAGAUGGAGCUAAAGAUGUAAAGAACCACCCCUGGUUCAGUGACGUGAAUUUCAUCCAUCUUUACUACAAGACGAUUCCGAUGCUCGAGAAAUACCCGGAAGAUAUGGAAUGGGUCGACGUUGCUUCCGGAGCGGUAUUCACCAAAGACUUGCCGAAGCUGAUGUUUACAUCUCGCGGGACAUGCGAAACGCAUCCCGCACCGGAGACAUGA